AUGUUCCAGCGUGUCACGAACGCUUUUCAAGAUGCGUCCAGCAACGCUUGGGUCACGGAGAGUGUGACCGUGACGGGCUUUCCCCGAGUUGCUCUCCGUCGCCGCCACAAGUUGCGCAUCUCGUCGACACUGCAUGUACUUUAG